UUCUUAAAUUGAUUAGUUGAUGAUUAUUGUUUUAUAUGAUAACUAAUUGAUAUCAUAUAUUCACAUUAACUAGGAGUGUAUUUAAUUUACUUAAUUGUAGCGUGAGGGAUUAUAUCCAGCCGCUUAUUAACUGAUUAAAGGAGUUCGAAUUAAUAUAGAAACAAUUAUUUGGAGUAAUUUUAGUUGCAGCCAACUGUGAGAUUCUCACAAUUACAAACUUCUUUAGACUUGAGUGUGUAAUAAAAUUGAUUUUGAUUUCUCUCGUUGUAAAUUAUUUUCGAUUCUCUCUCUCUCUCUCUUACUGAGUUAGCAAGUGGUGGAUGAAAAUGAAAUAAAAAGGGGGAUAGGGUUUCAGAUCAACUUUAGACUUAUUAGUGAAAGAGACAUAUAGUCAUACAGUCAAAGAAACAUGGCCUUCAAUGGAAAUAAAGCAGUUUUAAAUACAGCUUCUAAUAAUUGUCCUACCCAUAUAGUCCCUAUGUGUUUUGAGGACACCUACCUACAUGUCUAAACAACAAAAAUACAUCAUAAAAUUAAAUUAAAUUAAAUUAAAUUAAAUUAAAUCAUUAGUAUUAAUCUAGGGUAAAUAAGUUGGGAUUUUGGAGGCAAAUUACCACUCUAUAUGUUGUUUUGAUCUCCAUUCGUUAAUUAACUAUGAGUAAAAAUCUUAAAAUAAAUUAAAGCAGCUAAGAUCAGUCUUCGUCCAUCACCUACGAGUAGCCCUAUCCUCACCUGCUCCCAUGUGAGUUGAUCACAACAUAUAUGAAUACUAAUUGAACACUUUGAAGAUCUAUCUCUAAAAAAGUUAGUACUAGUAAUUAAGAAACUUCACAUGUUAAACAUAGUAGUAAUAAAAAAUAUUAUAAUGUGACUAGAAAUUCUAUAAAAAAAGAGGGAACUGAUAUGAAGGAUCCAAGAAUUCUUUUAAGAGACAGAAAAAACAAAAUUGUACAAACAGGGAGUGCAGUGAAAAAGGAAGUUAAUAAAGACAAAGAUAAGGCCAUAAAUUAAAAAUUAGUAUAUUUAAUAAUAUUUGACAAUCUACCCAUGCAUCAAUAAUAUACCUAUAUAUAGGCAUCGCUUUCUUUAGUUAAAAUCCCAGCCGACCAAGCCUCAAAUGCAAUUUUAUGUCGCACCAGUGUGCAUAUUAUGUGAUCUAAAUAUUGCACCAGUGUGCAAUAUUUUUUGAAAUUGUUAUGCCCGAUGAUAACAAAUAUCAGAUGAAGAACACAAAUUGGAUAUAUAUGGAUACUUAAUCUUCAUCAGAUAUUUUGCCUUCCAUAAAAAAGGCUUCAAGAAUCAACAACCCUAAAAUUACAUGAUAGAAAAUCUUGUGAAUAAGGAUAUCUAAAAGAAUAAAACCUAAUUUCUUUCUUCACUUUCCUCUAAUGAACAAUUAACUACAAGACUGAUAUGUGUGUAGCAUUCAAUUAGGCCUUUUUAAUUCUUUUUUUUUCAUGAAUAGAAUCUUAUUUUUGGGCUUUAUGAUUCACAAAAAUUGCUAGAAGCUUGGACUUGCAUUUGACAAAAUGAAAAAGGGGGACAAACUAAGUCUAACUAUAACCGGUUGGAAAGAGUUAGGUUUUUCUUUCUAGAUACAUACUACUACACUUGGUCAAAUUAUAUCACGUUUAGCUUAAUUUCCAAUCUAAUCUAUUACUACUAAUUACGUGGGGCUAUUACAUGCCACUAUCCCUAAACACUUAAUUAAACAAAAAACAAGAGAUUUAAUCAUGCUAAUAAUCGACCCCACUUCCUCAAUCCCUACCUAGUCAUGUUAUAUUGCCAUCAUCUUCUAGAUUGUACUUGCAUCACUUUAGCCACGCUCUUGCCCUAACAUUCACUACCAAGUUGCAGUUGCAGCACCACCUCUCUCUCUAAUGAGAUUGUGCAUUCUUUCUCCACCAACAAAGUAAUGAAAAAAGGACACAAAAACAAGUAGUAGCUAGCAACGCCCAAGACACCCACAGCAAUGUUCCCAUUUGGAGAAAACCCCUCUUUCAAAAAGCCUCCUUUUCAGCUUUACGAUCAAAUUCAAAACCCUAUCAUCUCCAAACUCGAUGAAUCCCCAUUCUUCUCCAACUUCCCCUCCCCAUUCUUCGACGAACACGAGCUUCCCUUGCACCAAAUCCUCCCCAAACCCUCAAUCCCCACAACCCUACCACCCUCUUCAUCAGAUUACCCCAAAAAAAUCUCCCAUCCCACCAAAAAAGACCCCAAACAGAAACAAGCAGUCGCGGCCGCCCCUCCAAGGAAGCGGACCGGGAAAAAGGACCGGCACAGCAAGAUUUGCACGGCGCAGGGGAUCCGGGACAGGAGAAUGAGGCUCUCCCUUCAAGUGGCAAGGAAAUUCUUCGAUCUCCAAGACAUGUUGGGGUACGACAAAGCGAGCAAGACGAUCGAGUGGCUGUUCACGAAAUCGAAGAAGGCCAUCAAGGAGCUGGCGAUGGAUGUGGGAGAGAGAGAAAACAAUGUUUCCAUCACAAUGAGCGAUGGAAAGACGGAAUCGUUCGUGUCGGAAUGCGAGGUAAUAUCCGGGAUCGAGGAGAACUGCUCGAACAACGGGGGUUUGGAGGAGAAAAAGGGUCGGAAGACAGGAAAUACGAGGGAGUCGAGGGAGAAGGCGAGGGAGAGGGCGCGGAGCAGAACAGAGGAGAAGAUGAUGGGGAAGCGCAUCGACUCCACCCCUACCUUAGAGGAUUACUCCCCUUUCGUCCAGCCGCCCUCCGAUGCCGGAACAAUCGAGAAGCUUCUGGGGAAUUCUAGCUCUGCUGCUGCUGCUGCUGCUGCUGCUGUCUCUUGCUGCACCGAUCCCACCACCAGUUUCAUGGGAUUUCUCGAAAACUGGGACCUGGACAGACUAAAUUAUGCAGGUAAUCACAACUCAAUGUACUCGGCCACCACCCCGGAUUUUCCACUGUUUCAUCAAUAAUUUUGAGGGCUCUAUGUGUAAAAUAUUUAUGAUUCAGUUCGACUCUUUUCAAUCCCUAGCUUUUGAAUGUAAUAAUCCUUUGCCGAUAGGGUUAAAUAAAUACUACUAUAUGAAUUUAUUGCCCUAGUCUUAAACAUAAUCCAAUUAUUGCACUGAUUUUUGUAUUGCUGAGGAAUUAAGGAAAUCUACCCUUUUGUUUAUGUGAUA